AUGAUUCGUGUGGUAAAUACACAAACCGGUAAGUCUUGUAUGGCCAGAGCACUGUUAGAUUCUGGUUUGAUGUCUAAUUUUAUGACGAAACAGUUGGCAAAUUCACUACAAUUCUAUCAAGAAAAAACUAAUCUCACCAUCUUCGGAAUUGAUCAAAAUGAUUGUGUUGCCGGAAGUAGUAGUCAAGUUAACAUUGAAAAUAACGAACAAAAAUUAUUGUUAGACAAUAUUACUAUUGAAACAAAAGAAUUACAAUCCAGUAGCAAUGAUGUAAAUGAAAAUCUUCAACAACUAUCAAAAGAUUUACUACUCCAAGGAGAUACAGAGAACAAAAAAGUACAGGACGAUGAAAUUGAUUAUGACGAUCCAGUUUUUUGUCUCUAUUGUCGUUUAUUUUCUUCAAACUCAACUUCAUCAUUGGCGUCAGAAGAAUUUUUUAAUUGGAAACAGAUAAGUGAACGUUUAAAAGAGCACGAAUUAUCUAUUUCACAUAAUAUAGCUCAAGAAAAAUGGCUACAACUACGUAUGAGACUUAAUCUCCAUACAACUAUAGAUAAUGAUAUUCAAAGAAACGUAAAUAUUGAAAAAGAACGUUGGCGUAAUAUUCUUAAACGAAUUAUUGCAUGUAUAGAAUUUUUAGCAGAGCAUAAUGACGCUUUUCGUGGUACAAGUUCUAAGUUAUAUACAGCUAAUAAUGGUAAAUUUUUAGGCUUACUUCAAAUGAUUGCAAAAUUUGAUUUAAUUAUGGCUGAUCAUUUAAAACGUGUAUAUAAUAAUGACAUCCAUGAUCAUUAUUUAGGUCCUAGGAUACAAAAUGAACUUAUUAAUAUUAUUGCCACAAAAAUACGUGAUGAAAUAAUAAAUCGAGUAAGACAAAAGGAAAUAAAAGCACAAUUGAAACUAAUGAAUAUAGAUUUAAAUAAUUGUCGUGGCCAAGCGUAUGACAACGGGGCGAAUAUGAUAGGUCAUCAUCAAGGAGUGCAGUCAAGAAUCCUUUCUGAAAACCCAAGAGCUUUUUUUGUUCCGUGCACUGCUCACAGCCUUAAUUUACUUCUCGGAGAUAUGGCAUUAUCCGUACCAGCUGCUAUGACAUUUUUUGGAGUAAUUCAAAGAAUUUAUUCUAUUUUUGCUGCCUCUACUGAAAGAUGGACUAUUCUUCUCAAAUACGUUUCAGAUUUUACACUAAAACCAAUGUCAGAUACUAGAUGGGAAUCUCGGGUCGAAUCGGUUAAGCCUAUCCGUUUUCAAUUAUGCCAAGUACAUGACGCUUUAAUAGAAAUUAGUGAAUCAACGAAGGAUCCUAAAAUAAAAAGUGAAAGCUCGUCAUUAGCAAACUAUGAAUUUUGUUAUGACUUUAUUUUAAGUGUUGUUAUUUGGUAUGAACUGUUAUCUGCUAUAAAUAAAGUUAGUAAGAGUCUUCAGAGCAAAAAUAUGGAAUUGAGUAAUGCUGUACAGUUAUUAAGUGGUCUUAAAGAUUUUUUUUAUAAUUUUAGAAAUGAAGGGUUUGAGUCGUCAAAAAAAAUUGCGCAAAAUUUAUGUGAAGGCCUUGAUAUUCAAGCAGUUUUUAAACAAUCUAGAAUUAAAAAAAAAGUUAGGCAGUUCAAUUAUGAAAGCAAAGAUGCACGUCUAAAUUCAGCUGAGCAAACAUUUUACGAUGAUUAUUUUUUAGCCGUAAUAGAUCAAGCAAUCGUAUCAAUUAAUGAACGUUUUGAACAACUAUCUCAUCAUUCAGAAUAUUUUGGAUUUUUAUAUAAUAUUGAAAAUUUAAAAACAUUUGACGAAGAAACGUUAAGAAAACAUUGUAUGGAUUUAGAAAUUUUAUUAAAAGAUGGUGAAAAUAAUGAUAUAAAUGGUAUUGAACUUUUUGACGAAUUAAAAAUUUUUUGUAGAAUUUUGAACAAACAAAUGACUUCUAUAGAAUGUCUUAAUUUAAUAGAAACAACAUGUGGCUCAUUUCCAAACAUUUCUAUUGCAUUGAGAAUAUUAUUGACCCUUCCGAUAACCACAGCAAGCGCAGAGAGAAGUUUCUCCAAGUUAAAAAUCAUAAAAAAUGAUUUAAGGACAUCUAUGACACAAAAUCGUCUUUCUGAUCUAGCAAUUAUUUCAAUCGAACGUGAUCUGUGUGAAAAUUUAGAUUAUAACGAUAUUAUUGAAAAGUUUGCCGAAAUAAAAGCCAGAAAAAUUGAUUUUAUGUAA